AUGGCGGAUAACGCUGCCGACGUGGCAGAAGACUACCGGCAGGCCCUGGAGGACUUGACCAUAAACUCGCGCAUCGAGAUCUCAACUCUGGCCAACAUUGCCCGGGAAAACGCUAAUCACGGCCUGGCAAUCACAGAGGUGUUGCAGAACCACAUAAAGAAGGUGCCUCCCGGGCGGACAUUACCGGCACUCUACGUCCUUGACUCGGUCGUGAAGAAUGCGCCGACGCCGUACGCGCUCUACUUCGGCCCCAAGCUAUACAGCGUCUUUAUGGGCGCCUACACCAAAGUCGACAACAUGACGCGGCGGAAGAUGGAAGAGAUGCUCAGGACGUGGAAGGAGCCCGUUCCCGGGUCUAUCUCGUCAAGACCCGUGUUCCCGCCCGAGCAUGUCCAGCCCAUCGAAAACGCCCUCGUCGCUGCCCACAACGCGGCAUUGGCGGCCCAGCAGAACAACUACCAGGGGACGCAGCAGUUGCUCCGCUCAGCGCGGCCUUCUGCCCCGAACCGUGACACGCCGACGCCGCCCAUGGCUAGGGCGCCCUCGCACCACCAAGCUGGACCGCACGGCCAUCAGCCCUUCCCCGGGCCGAACGGGCAACCACAAUACCACAACGACCUCGCCAUGGCCCAACAGCCUUAUCCCGUGUUACCCCUCAGCGCCAAUGUGAUACCGACUCGCGCGCCACCACAGGCGCCUCCACCAGCUGGGCCCUUCUACGGCCACCAGCAGCCAGCCGGGCGAGACGUCUAUGGCGCUCCGCAGCCGGGGAUAAGCAUAGACAAGUUGAAAGAUGAUAUCCAGCAUCUGAUCGUUGCGGCGAAGGCGGAGUUUGCGCAAGACCCACUUGAUACUAGUAAACAGACAAGGCUGAAGGCGUUGCUGGACUUGCAGACGUUAAUCCAGAGACAAGACAUGCCUCAGGAUCAGUUGAUGGUUGUUAAAGACAAAGUUGCUGAACUUGCUGUAAACAUGCGGGCGCCCAGCGCUGCGCCCCUGUCGAUGCCGAUGCCUUAUGCAUACGCUGCAACGCCUCCGGUUGUUGUAUCGCAGCAGCCGACCCCUGUGCCUCCAGUAGCAGUAGCACGUCCUCCUCCGCCCGCGGCUGCACCCCCGAGCGCUGUGUCGUUUGACGGUCUGUUCGGGCAGGGAGCUCUAGCUACGUUGCUCGGCGGGUUACAGAAGCCGGCCACUCCUCAAACACCAAGAUCUGUCGAUCCAGCCGCACAGCCUGCUGUCUCGUCGCUCUCGGCAAAUCCGUCUGCCUUGCUGGCGAUGCUGAGACAGUCGGGCCUUCUUGCAGCCGGAGCCCCGGCCGCCGGCGCUGCUCCGGCACCGCCGCAGCCUGCGUCUUCCGCGGCAGUCGGCAACAUAUCCAGCUUGCUCUCGCAGGCGAGGCCUUUUGCAGCGGCACCGGCCCCCUCCGGCCACGGCAGCGAGCAGCUCCAGGCCGCCUCCCUCAAACAAUUCCGCCCGCAACUCAUUGCGCAGUUCCACGACGAUCUCGGCCCCCCGUGCACGCAGUGCGGCCGCCGCUUCUGCGCCGACGAGCAGGGGCGUCGCAAGAAGACGGCGCACAUGGACUGGCACUUCCGCGUACACCAGCGCAUCGCCGAGGCCGAGAAGCGCGGCCAGCACCGCAGCUGGUACGUCGACGAGAUGGACUGGAUCAAAUCCCGCGAGGCCAUCGACGUGGACUACGUGGCGCCAGACCUCGGGGGCAGCAGCAGCAACAGCGGCGACGGCGACGACGGCAACCAGGCGGGCGGUGACUACUACUACGCCGUUGGCGGCAGCGGCGGGCGAGCGGACUCGUCGUCGGCGCGGCAGCCGGUCGGCGCCAAGACCAGCAACAAGAACAGCAAGAAGAUCCAUUACAUCGCGGUGCCCGACGACCCGGGCGUCAACACGACGUGCCCCAUCUGCCAGGAGCGCUUCGAGAUGAAGUGGCUCGACGAGGCCCAGGAGUGGGUGUGGAUGGACGCCGUGUGGGUGCCCGCCUCUUCUGGUGCUUCCUCGGCUGGUGCCCACCCCGAGCAGCGCCGCGUCUACCACGCCACCUGCCACCGCGAGGUCGGCGGCGGCAGCGCGCCGCAGCAGGCGCACCACUUUGCCAGGGCCACGCCCGAGCUCGACGAGUUCAACUCUCUCCGCGGCGGCAAGCUCAAGAUGGAGGGAUACUGA